AUGAUAAGGUUUCAGAUUAUUACAAUAAGAACACAAAGAGAAGAGAAGGGAGUCGGUAUCACAUCCCAGGUCACAUAUCCUCCCGCUUAUUCUAUACGAGUGUCUCCUAGGGUCAGUGUCCAGGAGGGUCUCUGUGUCACCAUUCCUUGUACCUUCACGGCUGAUGGGAGAAAAACAUUCACUAAUUCCUUUGGAUACUGGAGACUUUACAAUUCAAAUGAUAUUGUAGCCACUAAUGACCUAUCAUUAAUAAGUACAAGGAAAACAAACUUCAAUCUGACGGGAAAUCCGGAUACUGGAGACUGCACCCUGACCAUAACUGGUGCCAGGAAAGAAGAUGAGGGGGAUUAUUACUUUAGAUUUGCAGAAAGCCAAGAUAGUCCAGUGAAAUAUAACUAUUACAGAGAAAUGACAACCACUAUUACUGUAACUGAUCUCACAGAAGAACCGGUCAUCUCAGAUGUUGGGACACUGACUGCUGGUAUAGAUAAGACAGUGACCUGCGCUCCUCCUGGGGACUGUCAUGUGACCUCCUUAAUUAUCCAAUGGAAGAAGAGUGAUGUGUCCGGCAUCUGGAAGAAUUCAUCUACUAUAACAUUUACCCCAUCUCUAGAUGAUCACCAGAAAACCAUCACAUGUGAGAUGAGAAACUCCAAGGGGAACACAACUCAAAAAUCUGUUCUUCUUGAAGUGUCCUCUCAGCCGGGGACUGGAGGUACACAUUUAUAUUGGUAUAUAGCAGUUGUAUCAAUAUGUGCUAUAACUAUCAUCACUGCAAUCAUUCUGAUGUACAAAUUUAUCAUAAGGAAAAAAAUUGCUAAAACGAAGACGUUUGUAUGUAAGAAGGAAAUGCCCAGCAGUACAGAACCACCAACAGACGAGAACAGCAAAAAUGUUAAAAAAGCUGAGGAGGCCACAGACAGCAAUCUACAACAGGAUUCAAGUGGCUUCAUAUUGGAUCUGGAUGACAUGCACUAUUCCACUGUCGCUUUUACCGGUAAACCUUCGAAAGUGACGUCACAUCAGCCAGAAACAGAAUAUGCCGAAAUACAUCUGAAAUAGAUUGAUCACCAUAAUGUUCUCUCCUAUCAUGAUCAUUGG